GUCGACUGGUGCUCGAUGUUAUAUCCAUUUGUUUUUCCCAUUUUUAAUAGUGCCGUUUUUGGUAUUCACCACUGCAUUAUGUGUCAUAACAGCGCACAUUAAGAAGAUUUAUUAAUUAUAUAGGAAAAGCAUGUUGAGCUAGAAGAUGAAUGAUGGGAAUCCAACACAGUUGAAUUUUAACAUCCCAAAAAUCAAGAAAAAAGUUUCAAAAGACAACUUGAGAAGCGUAGACCUCACUAGUCGGGAUGCUACUGACAUUCUACAGACCAUCGACCAGCGCUGCCUUGACCACUCGUACAAAGGUCAAUGGCAGGUCACCUCUGUACAGAUCGUGGACAACCCGGAACUGGAGAGUACCUACAGAAAAAAACGUUUGGAGCUGAAAGAAGAUGGCCGUCACAACCGAGAAUUGAGUGAGCAGUUCUGUUUCCUUUCUUUCCGGUCUGACCACCAGGUGGCGAACAGAGUUGUUAAGCAGGGGUUGAAGACUCGGCUUUUGAACAUCAGCCCACUUGGUGACAGCAAGUCUGGAGUGUACCUGUGUCGACACCCCGAUGUACAGCUGCGAGUUGCCGAUGGUCGAGAUGAAGCCAAGACGUGUAUAUGUGUCUUCAAGGUCACACUGGGUAGAUGCAAGUCAAUGCCAGUGGCGAGUAUGGAUAGCAUUGUGGAACCAACUCCUAACUUCGACUCCCACAUAUCUGCAACUGUUGCACAGCCCACUGACACACCUACAACACAGAUGCUGCGAUCCCAGGUCUAUCUGUUUGAAUACACUGAUGAAGCCUUGCCAUCAGAAAGGCCACGCCAUUGUUUGCCAUAUGCCUUGGUGGAUUUCAAGAAAAAUCAGUCUGUAUCUAAAUCUACCUCAAGGCCUAGAUCCUCCUAUGACCGAAGUGCUGAAUCCUGGCGUAUGGAGACAGAACCUGCCCCUCCUCCAUCUUGGAGUGUAAGAAUGUCAAGAAGGUCAAGAGAGAGCAGUGCUGCAGAUCCAAGGAAUGAGCCUGAAGGAUUUAGAACUGACCAUCUCUAUUACCCAGCUGCUGAGGGUAGGAGAACAAGCAUCGAAUGUCAGUAUCCUCCUAGAAUUGAUGCCAGAAGAGAAAAUGUUGAUGAACAAAGCAUUACUGCCGGCAUCAUGUUCCCUUACAAGGCUACAGUCUUUCCUCAGAGUCUGAUAUCAGGGGUGCCUGUGAUGACACUAAAUGUGCCACCAACAUGGAGAGAAGAUCCUGAAGCAGCUAGGCGAAGGAGCAUUGACAAUCAACAGAAUUCAGAACAUGGUCAAACUUCAGCAGAUGCAGUGGACAUUCCUGUGCCAGAAGCAAAGAUUUUAAGUCCUGAAAUCCAGACCAUGAUCAAAACGGUUAAUGAAUUGUGGGGGAAACCUCCUGAGCAUGGUCAGGCACAAAUUUACACUGAGACUGACUCAUCUGUUAAUUAUAGUACUUUUAUUGAACCCGUCUCAUCUGAUUUUAACUUCAAACCAUCAGCAACUCCUGAGUCUGGUGCUGUGUCUGGCCAGAACAGUGCUCAGCUAGGUAAGAGAGUGGAUCCACGGAUAGAUAAAGUGGCAGUUAUGAUGCCUGAUCCAAAUCUCAAACAGAAGGUUCCAGAAGUUGCUGGUUUAAGUACUGAAGCAGACAUUAAGGAUUUAAAUGAAAGCAUUGAAGCUUUAAAUGAAAACAAGCAUACUGGAGUGCCAUCUAAUCAGGAUAAACAGCAAGGAGUUUCACCGUCACAUGCUGGUCCAAUGGUUGAUGCCAAAGAUUCCAUUCAGACGCGAGUAGAUACAAGUCAUAAUGAGAAAUCAGACACUAGUACAGCUUCUUUGCCUGUAACAACACGGUCAGGUAAAAAGAAGAUAUCCUUAAAAGAUUAUUCCAGCAGAGUCUCCAUAGCAAAGAAGACACAAGUGAGUUCUGUGGCUUCAUCGAAAACAAGUCCGGUCUCGGAUUCUAAAUCUGAUGGGGACUCAAAGGUUGUCACGGAUUCCAUAUCAGAACCUAAAUCUGAGUUGCUAUCUGAUAGUCAUAAUGUUGAAACAAAGAGUGCAGAACUUCCAAAUGCAGACAAUGAAAUUGGAAAUACCUCUAAGCUAUCUGACAAAGAAUCUACCGAAAUUUCUGCAAAUGCAGAAGACAAGUUGAAAAGUUCUUUGACUUCAAAUCCAGCACAAGAGGCUAUUGUUAGUUAUUCCACAUCUGCUGUGAAGGAUGAUGGGAUUGCCGAUUACACCACAUCUGCUGUGAUGAACAAUAAUGCUACUUCUGAAGGCGCUGUACCUGACACAUCACAGAGUAGAUUUAGAGGUCUGUCUUCUUUCGAUUCUCCCAGACAAACUGGAUACACCUAUUUUGAUUCUCCAUCUAAGGCAAGUCAUACAUCAUGUAGCAUAGGUCAGCCUGUGUAUUCUCCAUCUAAGGCAAGUCAUACAUCGUGUAGUAUAGGUCAGCCCGUGUAUUCUCCAUCUAAGCAGGCAUUGUAUUCUUCACCAGUAGGUUCAUAUAAAUCCAUGUUCUCUCCUCUUAGUGAGUCUGAUGUUUCUGAUGUUGAACAAAGCAUGAAGACAAUUUCAGAUGGUGGUAUGCAAAGUGAUGACAUAGGCAGCACAACUCGACCUAUGAUCAGUUCACAGGAUGUUUACAGAACCUCAGGAUUCACAGGCGAAGCAGUUACCGAUCAACAGCCACCAGUUUCAGUGCAGGACCUAGUCAGCAAACUGCAGGCUAUAGGUAACAUACAAGAUGUUCUUCAGAAGUACAAAUUUCCUUUGCCGUCUUCAGGGACUUCUUCUCACAUCCAGCUGUCUCCUGUCUCAUCCAAACCAGGCACGCUCGCUUGUCCUGACUACGAUGUCGACAUGCGGUUGCAGAGAGAGGCAUCUCUUCAGUACAGACAAAAUGAAUAUGAUGAAUCGGAUGCACAAAGAAUGGGACAUCGAUCAAAACCAACGCCAACGUACCACAUGGGGUAUGAAGAAGCUUAUAGCCAGUCAGAAAACAGUACAUACAUCCCACGUUCAGUCAGUCCAAGACAUGACCUCAGCCAACAAUCAGGUCAUGCUGGAUGGAAAGUGAAUGCAAGAAGCGAUAAAGCUGAUCAGGCGAGAUACCCCAGACAGCGAAGUCCAAGGAGACCCCGAAGUCCGAGAAGCCCGAGAAGUCCAAGAAGACGUAACUCGUGGACAAGAUAUGAACCAGAUGUUAAUGCUUAUGGCGAUGUCGAUAUGCGUUGUCUGUGGAAACCAGGCUCACACAGUUCUGAAGAGUCUAGAGACAGCCGAAGCGGGAGUUCAAGCAGGUCUGAACGUGGACUCCAGGAUUCUGGUUACACCCGAAUGGAAACGCAUACAGACCAGAGUUUUGGAAAAGGAGGAACAGCCAGUUUGGAAACUGAUGACAAAAAGGGUUACCCAUCUCAGACAACACCUGAAGAAAGGAGGUUGGAUUCCCCAAGCAACAUAAUGCCAGAUUUUGGAAUCUGGGUGGCUCCUAAACUUGUAAUUCAAGGGGGACAACUCAGCAAAGAAGCAGACUACACACCAAGAAAACUUUUAGCAGCAUCAACAGAAGUGAAAGGAAAGAACCUAAGUGCAGUAUUCGAAGAGAUCGAGCAGUCAAAGGCUGCUGUCGUUGAAAAAGACUCCAUUUCCCUGACUUAUGAUGCAGGGAAAUCUGAUUCUGGUGGUAGUGAAAUAACUCAACAACUAUCUGUCACAGAACAACUACAAGUGAGUGGCAUUUCAAAACCUCAGGACAAAUCAGCAGGACCUACAGCAGUAACAGCAACAACAACAACAACAACAACAGUAUUACAGGAACAGCCUGGAAGCAUGACAGGAGCUGUAGCAGCAUUAGCUGCUCUGUGGUCAUCGCAGGAAGUAGCCAACCAGAUGGUGAUGCCUGACACAGUUGAAGAAGCACAAGAGACAGAUGAUUCUAAGGUUAUACCAGAGAAGAGUCUGGAGACGAGUUGUGCAAUAAACGUUACCAGCAUUGCUGGAAAUGCUACAUCUGAAGUGUCUCCGAACAUUGCUAGAGCUAUCACUCCUGAACCAUCUGUGAAUGUAGCAGGUAAAAACCGGUCACCAGUGGUUUCUGCAAGCAUAAGUGAAGAGACAACCGAGAAAGAUAUUCUUGGACAAACACCAGAGAAACAUCCAAAUCUUGAUAAUUUUGAAGACCAGUUUAGUAGUGAUGGGAAAGCGGAAUCAAAGACAAGUGUAGAAACAUAUCACUCUAAUGUCUCACGUGACAGAUCAGAUUACUUUCAGUCACAGUGGUCUCAUUUUGCACGGGACGAUUUUGACAUGGAAAUAGAUUAUACAGAUUUUAGCUUCGAUAUGCCGCAUCAGUUUGAGGAGACAAUACCUGAUGGAACAGACAGCCCCGAUGUCCCUGACGACAGAUCGGGCGAGAACACACCUGUACAGGACGAAAUGCACCACGAGCAUGACCAGGAUGGAGAAAACAGAUCUUCCACUCCUUUGAUAGACGAGAGACCGCACGAUCACAUGUCUUUCACUUCUCUGGAUACUCCUACGCCAGCAGUUGUUUCCAGCCUCAUCACAUCAGCUCCUGCCAUUAUUCACGAACCACUGGCCAUCAUCCAUCAAAGUGGAUAUCAGCCUCUCACAUCUCAUCUGUUAGUUAAAGACACGUUAGUUACCACAUCCCCAUCUAGCAAACACUUUACUCCCAUUGAUAGUCCUUAUGUUGUCAGCACAGGAUUCGACAAGAGUUCUGCUUGUGGACUUGGACCUUCUGUUGAAGCAGCUGAUGAUACAGUUAAAGACACUGAAUCUGAUCGUCUGUCGAGGCAAGGGACACCAGUGCAGGAUGAACCUUACCUGACCAGCUAUGCUGCUGAUCAGCAGGUAAACAGCAGUGCUGGGCUUCAGGAAAGCAAGUCCUAUUCUGUUUUCCAAACAACUCAUUUACAAGCUGGACAGUUACAGUCCAGAGAUACGUCGGACAUCUCUACUAUUGGACGUCAGUCUGCAUUCACGCCUGCAGUGGGUGGAAAUUCACAGGAUUCUGUCAGUGUUACAGAGUCCAGGAAAAGUAAAAAAUCUGAGAAGCAACAAAUGAAACUGCAGGAAAAGUGGCCACAAGUUUAUCUUGUUGAUUUUAGAAAGACAACGAAACUGGAUGAAAAGAAUAGCUGUACCUUAUGUCAAAAUGCCAAUUGUCUUGCAAGGAAGUUCAAAGCAGAUUUACAGUGCAUGAACAAAGAUAUAACAAAGUCAGAAAAACGUAAUGAAACCCACCAAACAUGUCUUAGUCGUUCAUUGGAUGACAAUGAUGUUAAGUCCAAACUGACUGUUGAUACAGAUAUAAAGUCCAAACAGGUUGUGAAUGAUAACAUUAAACCCAAGCUUGUUGUUGCUGAUGAUGUUAAACCCAAACUGGUUUCAACAGAUAAAGAUGUUAAACUCAAACUGGUUUUAACAGAUAAAAAUGUUAAACCCAAACUGGUUUCAACAGAUAAAGAUGUUAAACCCAAACUGGUUUUAACAGAAAAGGAUGUUAAACCCAAACUUGUUGUUGCUGACAAGGAUGUUACAUCCACACUGGUUGCUGUUGAUACUAAGCAAACAUUACAAACGUCUGAUGUGGCAAACAAUCUGACUGUUUCAGAUAUUAGUUAUGAAACAAAAUGUCUGCAUGCGGCUAUCAAGGACGAAGAUGUGAAAAAGGAAACGGACAAAAAUGAGGUUAGUCGAAAUGAACUGAACAGUGAAGUGGUUCAGCAGGAAAAAAGCAGCACUUUCUGGCAUAAUGUAGCUUCUUUAUCAAAAAAGAAAAAAGACAGUAUUAAGAAAGAACUGGACAUGGAUAUCAAAUAUCUCAAUGAAUCUGGUCAUUAUGAUGGUGAAAGCAAAAAGGUAGAAACGUAUACCGUGAAAGAUGAAAAGACCCUGCCUAAUGAAGUCGAAAAGAAAAAUAUGAUUGUGAAAACAAGUGACACUGAUGAUAUUGAUGUCAUAGGAACUCACACACAAGUUCAGAUUCCAACUACCGUUGAGAAAAAGACAUUGUCGAUCAAAUUUAAAAAGAAAGAAACCAAAAAGAAUCUAGAACCUGUUCCAGUGAAUCCAGUGUCGAAUAUUCAGAGAAUUUCCACGUUAGGAAAAACAUACUUACCUAGCAAAGGUGUUCAGGAAAAGAUCCACGAGGCAGAUGUGCAUGUAAGUGUAGCAUGUUCUUCAUCGGCAGUUCUGCGCCAACCUUCACCUACACAGUCUGUAAAAUCUAAAACACCUUCAGCUCCAGUCAGUGUUUCAAGUGUGAAAAGGUUACCAGUGACAAAACAGCUUGAAACUGUGUCCAGUAUUUCGAAAUCUGAAGAUAUUAUAUGGAGAAACACUGAACCGGUUGCAGCAAAAGUGAGUACGUCCUCUGAUGCGAGGCAUGUGGAAUACGCUCAGUCUCGGGGUGGCAGCAGCGGAUCCUCUGAUGUGAGGCAUAUGCAGUAUGCUCAGUCUCGGGCUGACACAAGUGGACAGUCGAUUCCUGUACUAGGUGCAGCUCGAGGGACACAACAGAAGAGUGACAAAUUGAUACCUACUACUGUAACCAGUGAAUGGAGUAGUCAAGCUUCUGGCUACCAGCAAGUUCCUGUAUUGUCAUGUCCUUCUGUGUCACCUUAUGUAGAAACACCAGCAAUUCAGAAUGCAGCUGUUUCAGGCAGUGUAAAAUAUGUGUCACAGAAUCCACAUGAAUAUGUAUCCAGUCAGCCUGCACCUUAUCCCCCAGUCCAUUCUCUGACUCACACACAGCCUGUACAAUCAAGUAGCUAUCUUUCCCAUCAUGUGAAUAUAGCAACAACUAGGCUGGCAUCAUCAGUUCCAGUUCCUACUGUAGUGUCAUCUGCUUCUGUUGGUGCUUUUCGACCACAGGUUCCACAAUACCAUCAUCUUACUGCACCUGGAAUACCAACCCAGUUUCGUCCAGUUACAAAUGUUCGUCCUCCUGGUGGACAAUCAUCUGCAGCACUUCCAUCAGUUGGUGUCCGGCAGAUGACACCGAUGAUUCCUAGAGUGAGCUACCCACCUGUGGGUCACUAUGUGUCAUACCCACAGGUUCCUUCAACUGUUCUGUCUCAGCGUGUACCAGCUGCUCCUCUUGUGCAGCUGCAGUAUCCUGGAGGAUUUCAGCCAAAUUACUACAGGCCAGUGUCUGCAGUUGCACAUCCUCCGCUUGUUAGACAAGAUCAAAAGGCUGUUCAGUAUUCUGGUUAUUAUCCAAACACACAGAAGCCAUCCACCAAAUCUUCAGAUCUGACCGAGUGGUUUGCUGAUAUUGUUGCUCCUAAACGAGAACAGUCCAGAUCACCAACGUGUAGUGAAUCAGAUGAUUCAGUAACAAGCUCCAUAAGUUCCGAUGGUAGAAAGAGAGACAUAUCAACUUCUGAUUGUUCCAUAGACUCACCUAUGGCAAAGAGGAAAAGACCGGUGGUGACAAACCUGCGUCACAUUCCUCUAGAAGAUUCAGGAGGGGGUACAAUAAGUGGGUCACACUCAGAACAGUCAAAUAAAAAAAAUAGUGGUUCUUUUUUAGUCCAUUCUAGCCGGGACACAUCUCUUGGGGAUAUGUUGUGUGCUGGCAAAGACAGAAAAUCAACCGAUUCCCCAUCUAGUCAUAUGCUUGAAACAAACUGUGAGGUUUCUUCUAAGAGGCAAAAACAUAAUGAUGAAGUUGAAACAACAGAAACUUAUCGCAUUCAAAAUAAGGAUGAGAACAGAAGCAAACAUAAGAAAUUUGAAAAAGGAUUUAAAAGCAAUGAUCCAGAAAGUAACAAAUCAUCAAAAGAAAUCAUCAAAAGCUGUACUGCAGAAUAUAGGACAUUUGAAAAAGAAAUCUUCAGUAGUGUUGAUGCAGAAGAUUGUCCAAAAGAGACAGAAGUAGAUACCGAUGGCAGAAAUGUUUCUGUCUAUUCACAGUCUGUUGGUAAUAAAUAUAAAUCAUAUUCUUUAGACGUUGAAGUCACUAAUACAGUUAAAGAAGGCUUGUCAUCACCAGAAACAGAAACAGAAGCAGGUUAUACCUCAUCAGAUUCUGAACCUGCAGGUAAUAAUUUUAAUAUUAUAGCACCAGUAAGUUCAUCAUUUACUUCCUCCUGUCAUUUGCCUCAGGACUUGCUGUCAAAGGUAACAAUAAAAGAUCUGUCAGUAGCAAGGAUGACCAUUCUGAAUGCUUUAAAUCAACUGCCUGUGAGUACUGCCACUGACUGUGAAGGUUCAAAAACGCCCGACACUAAUACUCCUCCUGGUGAAGAAGAUAUUUAUGAUCCUUCAGUACCAACAGUUGAUUCAGAAGAAGAAGGAGAGUUAAAAAGUGAUGACACCCAGGACUGGGACAAUCAAAAAAGAGAAACAAAAUUUAAAAAUACAUUUGUUGAAAGAGGAGAAAGAUGCCCAGAAAAACAAAAAAAAUUCAUGAAGCUUUAACAACUGUGGAUACUGCAUCAAGAAUCUAUCAAGCGAAAAAGGUUGCCAG